AACUGUCAAAUUUGGCAACUGUCGAUGUAAUUUGUUUGAAAUGAAUGAAAAAUAACAUCUAAUGUGUGCCUUUUCAUUGCAUUACCAAAAAUUUCAAUGACUGAGAUUCAUGAAAAUUUUAAUGGACAAAAAUGAUGAAAAUCAGAGAAAAAAACUGACGAAUUAAUUAUUCAAAAGUUACUAAUAUUCAAUCUGAUUCCUUCACAAUUAUGUUUUGAACUCAUAUAAAAACAUGUUCAAAAUAGAAUCUUAUAUCACACCCAUAUUACUGAGUUAUGUUGACAAAUACAUCAAAAAUUUUCGAUUAGAAGAUUCCACGGUCUCAUUAUGGGGAGGUGAUGCUUGUUUUCAUAACUUAGAUUUACGAUUAGAAGUUUUGGAGCAAGAAUUACAUUUACCUGUUAGUUUUGUUUCGGGACAUAUAAGGGAACUUCUCAUUCAUGUUCCAUGGACAAAAUUGGCUUCUGAACCAAUCACAGUAACAAUAAACACUAUAGAAUGUAUUCUGAAGCUUCGUGGUUCAGAUGUGAGUUCAGGUUCCUCUUCAUCAGGGAAGUCGAGAGAAAAGUUGAAAGCUCAGAGUCAAGAUUUAGAAGCACCUCCAGGUUAUCUCGCUAGCCUUAUACAUAAAAUCGUUGGGAAUAUAAGGAUUUAUUGUAACAACUUGAUAUUGAAAUAUGUAGAAGAAGAUAUAGUUUUAUCGAUGAAUAUCAAACAUUUUAAAUUUGAGUCUGCUAAUGAAGUUUGGGAACCUUCAUUUACAGAAGCAUUGUUUUCUUCAGAUCUUGGCUCUGAUGAGGUGAAAAUGAGAAAAUUAAUUUGCAUAAAUGAUCUAACAAUAUGUCUUGACAAAAGAAAUGCAGCUGGGAAAAUUGAGGUUUAUCAAGAACCUAUGCUGUACAAAUGUUCCAUGACUAUGCAUUUAUUGAGAACAUAUCAUUCCGCCUCUGCAUCUAGAAGUUCCACUACUCGUCUGGAUAUUUAUUGUAAUAGUUUAGAGUUUGGUAUGUCGGAACAGCAGUUGCCAAUGUUUAUUAGACUGAUACUACUUUGCUUCGCUUUGAAAAGGAAAAAGAGAGAAGAAGAUCACGAGCCAAACACACAGAGUUCUGGUUUGACAGAAAUAAGAGAUAACAAUGAUAAUGCAGAAACAUGGACUGGUUGGGCUUGGUCUUAUGUUUCAUCUGUGUUAUCAGAUCCUACAAAUGAAGAAUGGAUGAACCAACAAAACGCAGAGACUGACCAUAUCUUACACAUAGGAUUUUAUGUUGAUAAGGCAUCAGUGAUAUUCAAGGUUACUGACGCUAGUAGAGAAAGAAACUAUUACCAACAUAAGAAACUGCGAUAUAUGCCGGUAUUAGCUCUUGAAUUGCAAGGCAUAUAUUCAGAGACAAUUACCCAUGGCCCGAAAUGGCUCAAUUCUACAUUUGGAAUAAGUGAGAUACUCUUGAGUCCGCUGGGUUAUUGUAGUUGCUCGGUAAUGGAAAGUCCGGAAGGUUGCAAACCCAUACCCUACCUGAGAAUAGGUUCUCAAUCCUCUUACUACAAAUUCAAUUCGCUUUUUGACGCUGAUGCUUUGGAGAACAAGGGGGCCAAAAAGCACUACAACAACUGCUGGGACUACCAUUUGAUAAAUUUGACAGAAUCUGUGCUGCUAGAAAGGACUCCAGCUUUUGCUGUUGAUUAUAUCCACGAAAUGGCUAUCACUGAAGAUCUUACACCAGAAAAACUGACUGAAAUGACCUCCAAUUUGGAAUAUAGUAAUUUGCCGGAAAGGGAUUAUACAAGGAUAUUCAUCGCACCUCUGAAAUUGAGACUUUGUUCCGGAUUUCACCAUAGGAUCUCUAGCAUGAUUAUGGCUGCCAUCAACUAUGAAUAUGUACCAUAUUAUAUACCUGCACCAGACCCGGACUAUCAAGAUUUACUGCCACCCUCUGAGGAAGAUUUCGAUGCCCUUAACGAAUUUAUACCUCUAGCUUCAGUUAAGGUUACUUUCUUUGCACCAGUCAUCGAAUUUGAAACUGCAGAUCACCCUCAUUUCGUACCAAAAAAGGGAAAACUUUACAGAAAGCAUAAGAAAGUUUCUGCCCAUGCUCAACAGACUGUUCCACAGGCAGCUCACCAAGAAAGUGAAAAUGUGAAGUUAGUUGUAGAGUUUCAGUGCUUGGAUUUACUGUACAUCACUCCCUUUUAUGUAAACCGAUUGGUUUAUACCACCUGCCAGUUACCUGAUCCUCCGAAGGGCUUGUUCGACGCUUGCUUCAAGAAGUUCGAACUAAAAGUUUUGGGACUCACCAGUCGACUUGUCGUGAGUUCACAUUGCCAAACGACAAUCCUGUUGCCGUUCAACGCUUCCUUCAUGACGAGACAAAUUUUGAAGCCGCAGUACUGGACAGAUCCCAAUGUGACCCAUUUUGAGCUAACCAUUGAAUCUGAAAAUUUAACACUGAAUGGAACUAAAGCCAAGAUGUUACUCAUAUAUGAUUUGAUUAUGGCCUUGUUUCAAUUGGAUGGUGAAAAUAGCAACUUGCAGAAUUCCUCUAUAAUGACUGAUGCCUGUAGGGAUGCAGGUUUUCCUUAUAUGGAAUUGUAUAUAGAAGGAAUAAGAUUCAAAAAAGUUACAACUUACACCACAGUUUCCUUGGAUAUGAGUUUGGAUAGUAUCAAGGCUUUCAUUUUCGAAACAUUUGACCAUGAUAAAUUAUCAGAAAACUCUGCCGGCGCAUCAAGCGCAAAAAAAUAUUUAAACGAGAAUAUUCAGCAAAUUUUAUUCAUUUCUGGACCAGAACCUAAACACAGCAGUACUAUAUUCCAAAGUAGUUCACAAAUAACCUCAUUGUUUACUGCAACAAUUCAGUAUCCGAUUAAUCCAGAUAAUCAGGUUCAUCCUACGAUUGUAACUUAUAACAUCCAAGAAAUCAGGAUAUGUGUUGACCCCCUAGUCUUCAAAUGGUUCCUCUACAAACCUCAAUUCUACAGGACCAAUUCCUUCGCAAAUUUUUCGGAUACCCCAUAUAAAGUUAAAAGCGCAGACAGUAGCGUUUUCUGCGAUUCCACAAGAAAGUCGAGUAUGCUUUUGGAGUCGGUACACAGCAGUUCAGAUCGAGAAAAAUCUUCGAUUGUCUCGAAAAGAUCGAAAAUAUUGAAAGAGGAACCAAUCGAUAUGCAAGAGAAGAUUUAUAAUUUUUUGAGGGAUUGGUUCAACGUGUGGAAGUCGAUGAUUGUUUCUGGAGAAAUAAGCCAGUGCACUAUUUACUUUCCCAUGGUUUCACUUUCGGCUGUUGGUUCACAAGGUAUUCAAGAAGCAGUGAAUCAUGCUGUUAACAAGAAAGAUCCACCAGAUAUCAUGGUGAUAAAACUGCCAAAUUUGCUAACUCAUUGUACCCAGCGUCAGAAUCUUAAGAAAUACAUGACCCACCUACCAAUCAGUUUACCGGAAACUAUUUGGUCGCCUGAUAGGUCUUGUUUUCCAUGGACAUUAACAAUCAAAGACCUCAGCUGUUACACAAUUCAGAAUGGCUCAAAGAUGGAUUGCCUCAAACCGUGCUCCUUGAAUGCCACAAUUGGUUUAUCGACGAAGAAUUCAAAACCGGAGGAAAAUACCUUGCAUAAAGAUGCACCUGCUGCUACUUCUGUAUCCAAACAUGAUAUUAGCAGUUUAGGUGUGUGUGUUCAUGUCGAUAUGACCCCAGUUCUGAUAUCUACAUGCGAAAUUCAGGUUUACUUAUUCGCUAGCAUUCUGUAUGGUCUUGUUGAAAUUGCAUCCAGUUUCGUUCCAUCAGAAAAGAAUAAACAUCAACAGGAAUAUAACACAAGAAUUCUGGAAUCUAUAGACAGUAAAUCUGAAUCAAUAAUGACGAUUCCAGAAAAUCCUGUAGACCAACAAAGCCAAAACUCAUCUUCCAUCAACUUGACUGAAGCAGACCAAGAUUCAAAACUCACUGCCUGGCUUCAGUGGACAAUCACCAAGUUCACCAUCGAACUGAAUUCAAUGACGAAGGAGUCGAGAAAAAACAAGCCUAAACUUAAAUUAGUAAUAGAUACUGAAGACAUUGUGAGUUCAAUUGAUUUUCAAAAUGUUUAUCUGAAAAUCAAGAGUAAAGUAGGGUCGAUGUCUGUGGAACAUUUCAAACUAGUGAAAGAUAAGUGGCAACCAGGUCCGUAUUCAGGUCUUGUGAUGAGACAUCGUGAUGACUACCUAAGCGAGGAGAGACACGAGGACAACGCCUUCAUAAAUCUAACAAUAACCAGAGCUAGUUGCCGGCAUACUCAUACUUUAUGGGGCACUCUACAUCGAAAGAAGGAUCUCAAACUUUCUUCCACCUCCUCAACUACCAUACCGACACGUUUCAUAACGGAAAUUGUGGUAUCAAUCAAACCAACGGAUUUCAUACUGUCUUUUAAGACUCUCAGAAAUUUCAAUCUAGUUUUGGAACCCUUGUUCGCGAUUCAGAUGCCAGAGAAGAAGGGUAAAGGUUCGCAGAGCGUAUCAUACGUUACCAAUCAAGCUCUCCCCUUGGCUUACUUGGAAUGUCACGAUGUUAGGGUUAUUAUUCCGGUGUCGAUGUCGAAGAAGAGGGGCAAUAUGAAACUUGACCACGACGUGUAUAUGCUUCAAAUUUCCAAGAUAUCCUUGUGUCCAAGUGCAGUGAAUCCCAUAUGUAGGACACCUUACAGGCCGGAUUUAUACCAGCAUGCUGCUCGUUCUAGAAUAUUGAAUAUACCAGGAAGUGAGAUGGAAGAUCGUCAAUACCAGUUGGAUAUCAUCGGGACAUCUUUGAAUACAGGUGCCUGGGCGGAUGUGGAACUUAUUCUUAACAUGCCUUCCGGUAUUCUAACCAGUCUUCACGGUAGCAGCGAAAAUCCGGCUGUUGAGUGGAAUAACCUGGAAAAAGUUUGCAUCAAUUCUAAUCCUAGUACGCAUUUAUGGGCUGUCCUCGAAAAAAUCGACUUAUCCAUUAUCACCGCCCCUGCGAUGGUCUACAGGGACGUAUUAGUGUGCUGUAAUUCAGUUGAAGUCAAUAUUGUAUCAGAUGUUGCCGUCAGCCUGUGUCUGUGCCAGAUCAAGUUAGCGCUGUAUCUUUUCGGGGAAUUCAACGAAUUUAUACAGCCUGUGAAGACCUCGAGGAAGAAAAUACGGUUUCCUUAUUCGAAACUUGUUGGGGAACAUGAUGAGUCAGAGGUGGAAGCACUGAGAGAUUCCGGUAUAGAAAGCUCUGAAUUCAAAAGUGUGGGAUCGUCUUUUAAACACGAUAUAUAUCGUUUUGAUAGUGAAAAACACUUCACUGUCUUGAAAAGUUCCUCUAUGAAUAUAGACAAUGUACACCCUUUGGAAGUUCUACUUACUGGAGGUAAAAUAAGUCUAUCACUGUAUCGAAUCGGUUCGGACUAUCCAGUUUAUAAUGAAAAGAAUGCUCAUGAAGAUAACAGGAAACCUCUUCAGAAAAUCAAGGAGACUAUUCUGGAUGUGAAACAAUCCAUAAAUACAAUUGGCAUAGUUCCGUCCAUAACCAAAAUGAAAAAUAAAGUAUCUUUGAAAGGAAAAUUCAAAGGUUCCAAACAAUCCCUGAGUGAAACUAUAUCAGAAGAAGAAUUCGACAGGAGAUUUAUUCCUUUGUGCUACGUACUUCUAUCCCAACCUAAUCUAUACAUCUUGGAUGAAAAAAACACCAGAAAAGUACACUUCUGUCUGUUUAACAUCUCGAUGAAAAUCAGUGGUAGUAAAUAUUCGCCUACCACUUCAAUUCCAACGGCUCAAGAUUACCAUGUAACUAUUUUGGAAACUCUGGCAGGUAUGCCACAUCCGGAAACAGGCAUACCACCCGCAUUUCUCACUGUUAAAGUUACGACAAAGUUGAAUUAUAACUCGGUGCUGGAUGUGGAUUUCGCAAGGCCUACUAGAAUCUUAUGUUCGAAGGAUAUUUGCUACGAUAUAUUAGGAAUCCAACAGGCAAUCAUGGAUUGUAUUCAAACUGAGAAUUUCCAGGUUGCUCCCAUGAAGUCUAACAUUUCCUUGUACAAUAUACCGUUGACCUUGAUACCAGAAAGUUCAGAGAACUACAUACGGUUUCAAGAAAUUAAAACGAAAGUUUUCAAUUUGAACACCAUCAAUAUUACCUCAGAUCAGUUGGUUUUGAUCUGGGAAACUAAUACUGAUUAUAAGCUGAGAUUGACUGUGGGAAAAAUAAAGAAUAAUUUCAGCCUGCUGAGCAGACCGGAUAAAGUGACAAACUUCGUGAAACUGGAAUGUGUUUCUUUGCUAUAUGAGAGUGAUUACGUUUCCCAAUUGGUGUUGAAUCCGUGGACCAUUGCCAUUGACCUUUUGCUGUAUUGGGAAUCUUGGCAAUAUUUAGGGGACAAUCCGCAAUCUCAAAUAAUUGCAGAGAGCGAUUCUUUGAUGCUCACAGUUUGUCCGGAAAGACUGGAAGUUUUGAAUGUACUAAUGGAUGAUAUAAUCAGGUUUGUGAGGGACCUAAGGAAGAGUCGAGAAGUUCCUGAGCAGAGUGUAGAUUUUCCCGAGACUAUAAUUCAACAACAGGAUUCUGAACAGUAUUACAAAGACGAUUUGAGAGCGGGCGCUUUUCAAUUUGUGGACUCUACUACUGAUAACAUCGAUGAAAUGCCUUUACCUUACCAAGUCAUGUUUUGGAACAAAAAUAUCGCUGCUAUGGCUUGGAGAUAUCCGCAACCCAGGUGUCUGACAAAAGUGAGGGUGUUCCCAGUGCCUCUAAAAGUGUCUAUAGACGGAGAGUAUGAGAUUGAGAUAAGUUGCAGUUUGGAGUAUUGGUCAGAAUGUCACGCUUCUUUCAUAACAUACACCCAAUUUGUUUUACCCGAGGAUGAAAUUUUGCACUUGGAACUCCCCAAAGCAAAGCCACACCCACCUUUCGCAUGCGUGUGGAGGGUGGAGCUUACGAUCUCAAGGUCGAGCAUAGAAGACGUCGAUAUAUUCUCGAUAUUCUCCCCACAUGCUUUGGCCGCAUGUAUGCGAAUAGACUCGUAUUUCAACCGAUCUCUCAUACCAGACUUCAGUGUAGCAUUUUCCAUUUCACGGUUUCGUAUCGCUUUAAACACUAAAUUUGACAAAGAAAGGUACACAAUUCUUCCCCCAUUCCUUAAGGGAUACAAUCCUGAUAUGCUGUUCCCUUCAAGCCAAUGCUUCUCAGAAAUAAUUUUCGACAGUUUAAAACUUCAUUCCUCCAGUUGGAAUUUCAAUACCUUCCUAGUAGACAUGACGACAUCACUGAAAGUCCUCGUGCUUGAAUAUGCCUUCUUGACAAUGCAGCCCAUGAUCGAUUGUUCCGGUUUUAAGUUCGAAACCAGUAUCUCGAAGAGGUGCGAUUGCAACUUCAUUUCCAAAUCUGUUGCCGUCAGUUUUUCACCGAGCAUAGCCCACACGCUAGCCGUUAGUGCCCAGUUGUGGAAUCUGAAUUACUCCAGUUUCAUCACUAACAAAUCGGAAGAUUUGAAUUUCUGCGUACUAACACGCUAUAUAAUUUGUAAUGAUACAAAUACGGCCCUCAAGUUCGGUCAAAAUGACACCGAUGAAGAAAUCAUGCUGAUGCCGAGAUAUUUCAAUCUUUAUUGUUGGAGGACGCAGAAACAAAAGCAACAAAUGAGAGUGUCCUUAGAGGGUAAAGAGUGGUUAUGGUCCCAGCCCUUCUCCUUGGAAGUUGGUACACAAAUCGUUGAAAUAAGUGAGAAAAAAAAGUUGUCUCUAAAUUUGACCGUCAUCGCUCUGUCUGCAACACAGCUGCAGGUCGUAUUUUCUGGACAGUUGAUUAUUGCCAACAUGUUAUCGGAACAUUUUGAGCUGAAGAUCGUACGCGAGAACGUUACCGAUAACAGGAAGAUCGUGAAUCAAGUGGUCGCUGGAAAUUCGAUGACUACGUCCAUGGUAAUCAAUUACGAUAAGGCCCAUUUCCUCAGAUUGAGAUUUUAUGGUUUGGAAACUUCUUGGAGCGGAGAUAUUCCUUUGAUGGAGCAUGCGAAGAGCGCCCAGCCUUGGCUUGUAAAAGUCCCUCUGAUGGAGAGAGGCCAAUUUUUGAGUGUGUGGUGUCGGGUUGUGGUUCAAGAUUUCUCAAAUGGAAAAAAAAUCUUGGCCAUGUUGUGGCCACUGUUCUCUAUAAAAUCAAAUUUGCCCAUAAGCACCAAAGUUCACAUUGAAACCCCUCUAUUGAACUACCAUGGGGAUAUUAUGGUUAAAAGCCACGGGGAGGAACAACAGUUGUACUGCCCUGGUACUAUUGACCAUUCACAUCAGUUGACUUUUCAAUUGGAGAAUGUCGCUCCAAGUCCAAACCCUUACGUACCUCUCAACUACAGCCUCAUCGAUCACGACACUUUUUUUAGAAGAAUGGAUAAAGUAGAUAUCAAUGACAUAAUAGAGUAUCUUAAAACACACAAAGAGAACGAAUGGCCUUAUUUCGGAGAAGAACUGAACAACGUAGAGUGGGUGGUUGGAGAUCAGCCAGAAACUCAUGUUCAGGUGAAAUAUCACAACUCUUGUGAAUAUUCAAGUACACUAAUGGUUGAGCUUUUGCCUUGGUGUCUCCUAGUGAACAUAUGUGGUUGUAUGAUUGGAAUCAAAAUGGAAGGAGAAGAAGUGUGCACAUUACAGCAUAACGGAAUUGUAACACCUCCCAAAAUCGAGGACACUUUCAACAUUCUUAUCUAUAUCAACGAUGAGAAGUAUACAUCUGAUCCUCUUCAGUUCGCAAAACCUGCAACUUGGUCUCAAAAUUUCUACAUGCCAAAAAUUCUAGGUAUAAUUCCAGCAGAUGGCACCAUUGUGUGCAAUGUGAAGUGCAAACGGCACAUUAGUAGGUUAUCUAUAAGGAGUUAUAUCGUCAAUGACAUAAGAUUGCUAAAGAUAGCAUCCACCCAUGUCCUUUGCAACAAUACACGUUUUCCUAUGUAUGUUAUAUGCCUUGCCGUACCAAGUACUGAUAUGUAUGCAAUACCUGAUCAUUCCACAUGUAAUGUGGUUACUAUACCUUCAGGCAUGUAUGAGAAGAACCAAGGUGUAUCUAUUUUGCAAUGGUUCAAUCUUGAAGAAGACAAACAGAGCAGUUCUGCCGAACAUGUACUUUACAUGGUGUUCUCUCUGAAUCCAGCUUUGGGAUGGUCCAAACCUAUUAGAGUAGAUGAGUUUUUCGUUAGGAAAACCAUAUCUCUCAUCAGUGAAACUGAACCAGUACCCCUUGCCAUCACAAGCUUUGAGGGUAAAAGUCAGAACUUCAUCAGCGUUCAUCAUGAUACUAGACCUCAAAUAUACAUCGAAAACAAUUCUGGUGUUACUUUGUACUGCGCUCAGUCAAGCGAAGGAGAAGGUUCAGAGAUCAUGGAGGAAACGGAACAUUUCAAAUGGUUUUGUGAAAUUAAAGAUGGUAACAGCAACUACUAUUCAAUGAUGAGCUUUACAGAUAAGUUCCCUGAUAUUCCACCCCAAGCCAACAAGGAAAAUUUGGUGUUUGCGAAGGAUCCUCUUGGGUUGUUACAAGGUUCUGUCUGGUCGUCAGAAAUCAAUUUGGCAGAUGAUUCUGAACAGUAUGUGAAGAUACCAUUUCAUGGAGAUGUUAGAAUAUUUGUGAAAAACUCGUCCUGCCUCACAUAUAUCAAAGUGGAGUCAGUAAGCAAAGUGGAGAUUAAUGCCAAAGAUAUUCGUUCAAGGCUUUUGCAAUUUCAUGAAUUGUCUAAAGCUGGAGGUAGCAGAAGUCACAACGAACCACCAAAGAUUAUUCAUAGCUUCUCUGCAGAAGCUAUUAAACCCUACGAGCAAGAAUUUGGGGACGUCAAUUAUCAGACCCUAUCAACGUCAAACAUGAAAGAUGGCAUGAGUGAAAUUGUAAAUUUCCAUCCUUUAACUAGAAGGAAGUCAGAUUCUCAGAUAAUGAUUGGACAAAAGCCCCAUAGGAUACUAUUUUGCUCUACCAUUCCGAUGCUGGAACAUUGGGAUCUACUGAACGUAAUGGUAUUUGUGAACAAUUUCACAUUUACGCUGCUUUCGGAUAUUGAUAAAAAGACUGCCGAUGUGGAUGAAAUCACUUCGUUAAUAUGUGAUAAUAUAGCUAUAUCUACAAUGCAGUCCGAUUGUAUGGAAAUGGAGUUGUAUGUUCAAAAUAUACAAGUGGACAACCAGCUUUACUCCAAGAGAAAUUAUGAUUUUCCGGUAGUUAUGUUGAUGCAAGAGCCAGUGCAAUUCAGGAGGAUGCAUUCUUUAGAUGUGCCCAUUAAGAAUCUUUUCGAUGAAAUAAGGGUUUCCUCUGCGUUGAAAUUGUCCCUAACCAUUGAUACUUGGGUUGAUCCAAGGAACCAUAAAGUAACAGGUAUUCAAGAGCUGACUUUCAGUUUGCAGCCAUUCAGUUGUUACUUGGAAGACACAUACCUUCUUCUUAUAUCUGAAUAUUUGAAUAUAUUCAUGCCAACCAACCUGAUUUUCAUUCCUGAGUCGCCAAAAUGUAAACCCACACUUGACAAUUCAUUAUUUAUUUACAUUCCUGAUAUGGUAUUGUGGCAAAGUGCGGUUCAAGCACAUCCCUUGACCAUACGUCGUAUGCUAGUCGACCCAAUUUCCGUGAUGUUAUCUGUACAUUCCUCCAUUAAGAUGUAUCUGGCUCUGGACCAGUCGCCUCUCUUGUUCGCCGAGUUCGAGAGAAAAAGGGUGUUUACUAAUGCUUAUAGGUUAGGUCAUACGCUUACAAUGCACUAUUUGUCUGGCGCCAUAUUCAGGGCAGGUUGGAUGGUUAGUUCUCUUGAAAUCCUUGGUAGUCCAGUGGGUUUAGCAAGAGCCAUGGGUUCCGGAUUGAAAGAUUUUGUUGCUUUACCUUUCAGGGGACUCCUGCAAGGUCCCGUAGAAUUUCUAUAUGGUGUCACGCACGGAUCUGCGUCAUUGAUGAAACAUGUAACAGCUGGUACUUUGCAAUCUUUCACUAAAAUGGCGUCUAGUGUAGCUAGAAACUUGGAUUAUUUGACACUGGACGAGGAGCAUGUUAAGAGAGCUGAGGAACAGCGUAGACAAAGACCAGCAGGUGUUACUGAGGGACUCAUGCAGGGUCUAACUGGUUUGGGUAUAAGCAUUUUGGGCGCUAUCGGAGGAAUAGCGCAUCAUCCCCUACAGUCUGUGAUAGCCGAAGGAGGAUCGCCCAGGUCCUUAGCUGCCGGUCUUGGUCUGGGCCUUGUCGGUAUUAUAACAAAACCGUUGAGCGGGGCUGCAGAACUGUUGGCUUUGACCGGACAAGGAUUACUGCAAGGUGCAGGCUGGAAUAACCUGCCAGAACAGCGUAAUCAGCCUAUACUUCACAAUAUGUUCUCCAGUAAUAGCUCAAUCCUCAAAUACGAUUGGAAAAUGAACACAAUCAGCGAGAACAGUUCCAAGUUCCUUCACAUGACCGAUGCUACUUCAGUGUCCACGAAUUUUCAAUACGCUUCGGUGGCGUUAAUAAUAACCAACAAAAAUUUGAUAAUAGUGAACGCAGAUGAGGAUGUUGUCCAGAACAGUAUUAUUUUAUCGGAGGUGGAACCUUUGAAGAGUAAUUCUGAUCCAACCCUGUUGUCUUUGGAACUAGUUCCUACCAAACCGAUUGUGUUGAAGGUGGAAGACGACGUGAUAGUUGAAAUGGAUCCAGCGUCUAGAGCAAGAGUGGCGGAUUACGUUAAAAAUACGGUGGGAAUGCUUCAAGUGGCUGGUGGAAGUAAGGGUCCUUCUGAAAUGAGUAUAUCUCCUUUGUCUUCGCCAGGAGGAGGUAACGAUAGUGAAGCGGAGUCGAAGAAAGUGCUUAGUUUCUAUGUGAAUCCCCAAGAUCGUAACUAUUUCCUCUGUUUGCUAGCGAUGGCGAAACACGAGAAUUUGGACAUGUGCAAUAACUACCCUGUAUUAUAAAAGUGAGACGUUUUAUUCAAUACCUAUUCAAAGAUGAGAAAUAAAGAAGUUGUUUAUUGUUUUUAA